AUUCUAAGGCACAACCCAGCCUCACAGACUACGCCUUUCUCAACUCUGUUCAUUCAAUGGUCAACAUUGUGUCGCUCGCUGUUGGCAUUGUAGCUGCUUUGGCUACUACUGUCGUAGCUCAAGAUCCAUCGUCAUCAGCUGCUCCAUCACAAACCUCAUCCACCCCAACUCCUAGCGGUACUUCAUCCGCCAAGUACAAUUUGUCCAAUCAGGGAGGAAACGUUCUUUCUGGAGAGAUUAAUGUCUAUUUGAUCUUUUACGGUGAUUGGAGUUCAGAACAGUCGCAACACGAUCAAAUCACAUUCAUGAACUUUGCAAGCAAUAUUUCUAGUUCCGGCUGGUUCAAGACUCUCAGUGAAUAUACCGACAACUCGGGCGCUUCGGUCACUGGACCGUUAAAGCUCUACGCUGGUGUCAGUGAUACUGGUAGUCAACAACUCAACUUGACCGAUAUUACUGUGCAUGAAACCAUCAUCACCGAAGCCGUCAAAUCCGGUUACUUGAGCACCACCAACUCCAUCGAUCCCAAUGGCAUUUAUGUCAUUUUGGCCGGUAGCAACGUUCAGGACUCUGAUUUCUGUACCAAGCACUGUGGUUACAAUUACCAUACCGACAACUAUCAAUGGAUCUUUAUUGGUUAUCCUGGUCUAUGCCCUAACAACUGCAUUCCACCUAUCAAUGCCAAUUCAUCACCCAACGGCAGCCCAAGUAUCGAUGCUGCUAUCACAAUUUUCUCCCAUGAACUUCAAGAUAUCCUCACUGAUCCCCGUAACAAUGCUUGGGUCACCCAGGAUAGUACCACUUCGCCUCCUACUGAGAUUGAACUUGGAGACUUGUGCUCAGGUUCAGGUGUGUCUAUGCAGCAAUGGUUUGGUGCUUACAAGCAAGUGGCUGGAAGCAACGCGAGCUACAACAUUGAAAUGGAAGGAAGUCAGUACCUUGUCCAGACGAUUUGGGACAAGAAUGCCAACCAAUGCUCAUUGGGACAAUAGCCUGCCCCCUCCCAGAUUGUCUUUUCUAAACUGUUGGUUACCCUGUUGAUCCAAAUCUUCCCCUUUCUUCAUGAUGUACUAUACCUUUGCGCUGGCCAGUCAACGACCAGCUCAACGCAACGCAAUGCAACAACUCAAUCAAACCCCUCACUCCUUCUCAU